UCUUUGGGGUCAUUCCAUUUACGCUGUUUCUAAGAUCAGUCCUCACCAACAAAUUCCACCCCAGCGCUGAUGAAUAGAGCCAUUCGUGUUCCGCUAAUACGUAAAGGCCAAUACAAAUACAACCAUCGUUGUAUGGGACAUCAAGGCUGACUGUGUAACCCUCCAGCCUCUUCUGUAUUUUGGCUGAAUAAGCAUGUCAGCCCUAUGCGGGGUUUUUCUGCUUCAACAGCUCAUCCUUGCAUCGGAUGUCGAACAUCAGCGAUCAUGAUAUCCAGAUUCUGAGGAACGAAAAAACGGAUCUAUAUCUGAAUGCCGUGAAGAUGGCACCAAUCCACCCGGAGUCGGGGGCGGGGCAGUUCUAUGAUAUGUCGCCCCCAAAGCGAUUAGGACGAGGAAGACAUGCAAUCGUAUUCGAAUGCCGAGACCCAAGCGGUCGCAUCUAUGCUAUGAAACUAUUCAAGCAAAACAGCAGAGAUAGGAUCCGUCGCGAACUCGAGAUAUUCCAAUAUCUCGAAAAUGGUCCGAAUAUCAUCAAAUUUAUUGACGCCGUCCAAGGGGUCCGACAUCGGCAUCGUCCUUGAAUACGUAGACAACAUAGAUUUUCGGACGCUGUAUCCUCGGUUUAAUGACCUGGAUAUUCGAUAUUAUACCCGCGAGCUGCUGAAAGCUUUGGACUUCGCCCAUAGCCAGGGUGUCAUGCACCGUGAUGUUAGACCCCACAAUGUUGUGAUUGACCACGAGAACAGAAAGCUCCGACUAAUAGGCUGGAGCUCAGCAGAUUUCUACCAACCCGACGAAGAUCUGGAUGUUUGUGUAGGCCUUUGGAAGGCACCAGAGCUUCUUCUCAACUACGAACGAUACGACUUCAGCAUAGAUAUGUGGUGCUUCGGGGCUAUGCUUGCAGCCAUGAUCUUCAGAAAGGAACCAUUCUUCCUCGGGGUUUCGCGCAUUGAUCAACUGAAGCAAAUUGCUGAAGUCCUUGGCACAGACAAACUGUACCGCUUUGUCAAUGAAUAUGACCUUGAGUUGGAUGAUGAGGAGCUUGAAGCUGUGGGUCAACAUCACGAGCAAGCUUGGACGGAUUUUAUCAAUUCGGAUAAUGAGAGGCUCGUAUCUGAUGAGGCUCUGAGUCUUAUUGACCAGCUUCUACGAUUUGACCCGAAGGAACGACUCACGACUGCUGAAGCUCUUAGGCAUCCAUAUUACGAGAUGUUGCUUUCUGAAUCACGAGCAGGUCCAAUGAGUAGGUGGGCUUAGAGCAGGCUAGAAGAACUGGAACCAUCUCUUGUAGAAGAUAUCCCCGUUAUCUAACAGGCCGCAUGGGCUGACCGAAGUUGCUGGACCUGUCUGACAGCGCAGGCCCAACUUCUGGAACGCCAUGAGUUAUUCACCGUCCAUCACCUCACGGAUCGUAUUUGUACUUAUUCCCGAUCCCUUGGAUUAUGUUAAGGGGACUAGGACCCCAUCUCGCUUAAUGACCCCGUUUUACAAAAAUCCACUCAGGAACCAAAACUGCCAAAAAAAAGCGUGCGUCAUCCGGAAUUCGAAU